UGCCAGCUGGGAUUGAGGAUUUAGAUGCUGAAUGAAGCAUUCACAGAAAGUUAAAUAAAAUUGUGCUUAUUAUGCUUUGUGUUUCGCAGACCGCUCAGAAAGAAAAAAAACAGAACACCUACAUAUAAGCUCCCACCAUCCUAAGAGCAGGUGAUCAAGGAGAAGACCGAGGAGCAGGUUUACCAUCUCCACAACAUCUCCAUCUCCAUUCAACAACCUUUGCCACACAGACUGACUCACUAGAGGAGAAUGUGACACAUCCAGAUUCCAACCAACAUCCCGGCGGAGUCUUUUACAGUUCCAGAAAACAACAACACCUCGGCCAUCAUUGCCUUGCAACCUAACACCACUGCAAGACGGCUGAGAAGUGUGUCCUGUAGCACCUGUGGAGACUUCUGAUGCUCAUUCAGGCGAGUAUCUGUAGAAACUCUUAGAUGUCUUCAGCUCAGAACCUCAAAGUGAACUGAGUAACAGAAGAACCAAUCUAAAGAGAACCAAAGUGAGAACAUGACCUCCCUUCACAACGACCGCAACAUCCGGUCAAAAAUACAAGCCUUUGAAAGCCAAUCAAACACAGAGAACGAUGAAACGUCUGUGCCUUUCCCCCGUCCUCGCAAGGUUUUCACCAAACCACCUCCACUGGCACCAAAACCUUCUGUUGCCCUCCGGCCCUCGUUCAAAAAGCCCAAAGAAGAGCAGGUUUCAGAGUUUGACAGUCACUUGUACGAAGAUGUCGACACGCCUCCUAUGCCAGCGCCAAAACCUCAACUUUUCAAAAAACCAUCGUUAUACUCAAGAGAUGACUCCGACUCUCAGUCUCCCUUCAGGGCGGCCCUCAUCCCUCCAUCACGACCUUCACUGGUCAGAGUAAAGAAUAUACCGUCCCAGGAUGAGGAAACAGUAUCGAAAGGACCUCAUCUACCCCUCAAGCCUAGCAAAGACCUGUUGAACCCCAACAAUCACAACUCCACCGCACUUCUGUCUACCAUUGCAUCUGCAGAGAACAUGCUUAGCAAUGACUAUAUGGAUGCUCCCACAAACCACUCUCCCUCUAAACCUGAGCGCCAAAGAGGAUUCAACUACAUGGGGUCAAACAAUCUGGGAAUGAUCAAGAGACCCACAGUCAUCAGGGUCCCCAGCAAGACUGACAAAAAGUUUGAAGAGAUGGCAGAAGAUCCACCUUUAUAUGUGCAGAAGCCUGUGGGCGGCCCACCCACACCUGCUAAACCCUCUCUCAAAGACUCCUUCAGGAUCUCAUCUGAUUUGUCUCUUCCACCACGACCCAGUGGAGGAAAGUUUCUCCCUGCUCGACCGCCACCCGCUAAACCCGGCCCGGGACGACCUCCUCCUCCACGGAAAAAUGGCUCCGUACGUCGGCCCUCAGAUUCAGGGUUUUCACAAACAGUGCCUUCAAAACAACAGCAACCUCAAUGGCAGCAACAAAACCACAGAGCUUCGAAAAAAGGACCUGCCUUACCGCCGAGACCCAACCCUGGACAUCGUCUUUACAACAGAUACACCCUUGAGAUCCCCCACGGUGUUGCUGAGUUUGACUACAAUGGCACUAACACUGGAGAGCUCUCCUUUCAGAAAAAUGAAGUCCUCGUCUUACUUGAGGAAUUAGACCGCAAAACUUUUGAAUGCCAAGUGGGGAACGCUAAAGGGAGAGUGCAGAAAACACACAUGAAGAUUAUCACCCCCUUAACAAAUGUCCCCAGCAAUUCAGCACCUCAGAAAAACCAUUCUUUUAGUGGCAUGGUGGAAAACACUGGAUCUCUGCGAGUGCAAGCCCUGUAUGACUUCACUCCAGAGAAGCCUGGAGAGCUGGUGUUAAAUGCCGGUGAUGUGGUGUCUAAUGUAGAACAGCUGGACAGUGAGUGGUACAUGGGAACAUGCAGAAACAUCACUGGGAUCUUCCCCAUUAACUACGUGAAGACUCUGAAGCCUGUUACAUCCACACCAGCAUCCAGCAAUGAAUGGCAAACCAAACCAUCUCCUGAGCCUGUCAGAGGCCCAAGGUGUGUCGGGAGGUUUGACUUUGAAGGAGAGCAGAGCGAUGAGCUCUCGUUCUCUGAAGGUGAUGUGAUUCGGCUUAAAGAGUAUGUGGGAGACGAGUGGGCUUGUGGGGAACUGAACGGCCAAGUUGGUAUUUUCCCUCUUAACUUUGUGGAAGUGCUUGAGGAUCUCCCUCCAGCCCCGGUGCAGAAAUCUGCUCCGAAUAAGAUUGCACUGCCUGGAAUGGCCGGUUCAUCUAACACUCGAAUGUCUUACAAAGCCAGUAAGGCUGAAUGUAAGAGUGAAGAGUGGGCCGUGGCGCUGUAUGACUUCACAGCAGAGACAGAGGACGAUCUGGAUUUCCAGCAGGGAGACAGGAUCCUGGUCACUGCUCACAUAGACGAUGAAUGGUGGAGCGGACGGAUAAAUGGCAGAGAAGGCUUCUUUCCCAAAGCCUUUGUUGAGGUUGUUCCAGGAGGGAGAAAUUGGUAAGAGGCAACCUCAAAGGCAGUGUUUUUCUUCUCUCGUUUUCAUAUCCGCUUUGUUUGUCUAAUAUAUAUUUAUUGUUAAUAUACCAAAUCCACGGUCUGCUAAAAAUCUAUUCAUG